UUUUCCACCUUUGUUGUUCGUGUGUAAACAAAGCUACAACAUAAAAAUCGUCAUAAACUACAAAAUGGAGGAUAUUAUUGCAGCAAGAAGAUAGGACUGGAGUCCGAUGUGACCAGCAAAGCGCAUGAGGAAAAUGAAAAAUAUUGGAUAGUUCUUCAUAUUCUCAAUUUCUACAAGAUGCGCUCAUGGAUAACUGUCAUUAUGACACAGACUAUCAACCAGUCUUCUACCGGUCAACAGAUAUCAGACAAUAUGGGAAUUCUAGUUUUCACUCAUUGAAAGUGCUUAACUUGGAACAAUUAGAAGAUUCUAAAGACAAUUCCAUCGGCAGUUUCAUCAUAAGAGAUGAAAUAAAAAAUCUACAGAUUCCAAAUAACUCUUCACUAAAAUGAAGAACAGUGCUCUAAAAUCAGUCCUGAUGUUGAACUGUGUAAAAUAUCUGUAGAAACUUCUGAAUCAACGUGAAAGAUUUAAAAAGGUAGACGAGGAUGAAGACACACAAGUUAGUGUUGUUAAGACAAGGAACAUUUAAAAUUUGAGGAUUUGGUAAAAGAAACUUUUCAGUAGGAUGGUGUAUAAGAGAAUUGGAGUAACAGGGAUUUGAGGGAAUAGAUUUGACCUCAGUAGGUGGCUAUCAUGGAUGGCAACCAGUGUCAAGUCUGUUUAAAUUAUUUCAUCGAUCACACCUCAUUACAAAAUCAUAUAGAGACACAUACGAAACGGGAGUUAUAUACAUGUAUCGUGACGUUAAAAUCGGCCUUAUCACAACUCCGACAAACUGGCCAGUGGUUUAGUCUAAGUCCAUCUGUAGAGAAAAAUGAAGCUAGCAUACGGUUGAGUUUGGAACAGGCACGACAAACUGAAGAAAAUUUAGCCGCCCAAAUGCAGACCAAUCUAGCAACUUCAACCCAGUCCAGCUUGGAAACGGCUGCAGCUGUGACUCUCGUUGAGAAAUUAAAUCGGCAAACGGAAUAUUCUGAAACACAACAACUGGAAAAUCAGAACGUGGAGAAUGUGGACGGAAUAGACAUGACAGGUGCUUCUGCAAGUGACCUACAAAAGUAUGCACUGAGUGUAGGCAACGGAAAAGCAUUCAGCUGUGAUACGUGUGGACGUGUAUUCGGUACUAGUUUCGCUCUUCGUCGUCACACCAUGAGCCACAAUAACGAGCGUCCGGAUAAGUGUGAUAUUUGUGGGAAAGGCUUCAUCGGGAAGCAAAACCUGGAGGUUCAUAGGCGUGUUCACACAGGCGAGAAACCAUAUGCUUGUGAGGUCUGCGGGAAGAAAUUCUCGCAACACGGAUCUUUGUAUAAGCACCGGGAGAGACAUGGAAGGUGUUUCAAACCUCCAGAGCCUGGGGCAGAGCCUUACCCCUUGGACUCUUCACAUGGGGAAAGUGACCUGAAAAUGGAUGGGUCAGGAUCAUUUUCUGCGGAAGAAGGAAUGGCUGUUAGCACUGAUGGGCCGGACACGGAGGAUGGUGGUCAUGAUGAGGUCACAGUGCCAAUUCAAGGUCAUCCACCAAAUUUAGAACUGGAUCUAAGUAAGGCUGUGAGUAGUCAGUCUCAAGUUGGUAACCUUCCUAACAUGAACUUUGACCUUCCUGCACAAGGUCAUGGUCAUCCACAGGGUCAAGGUCAUUCACAAGUUCAUGAUCAUUCACAAGGUCAGGAUCAUUCACAAGCUCAUGCUGAAAGUCAUACACAAAGUCAAGGACAUAGCCAUUUGCAUGACCAUGUACAAACACCAGCUCGUAUAGGUGCCAUACAACAUACCAGUAUGUCAAAGCAAAGUUCCUCUAUGGACCAAGUUCAUGAGAUGGCGGCUUCUGUUUUGGCUACAGAGGAAAAUGAAAAAGGUUUUCAAGGUAGAAAUCCAGAGGAUGACAUUGAAACAUCUCAAGUUGAAAAUUUAAAACAGAAUCUCAAAAAUGAUGAUCCUAUGCUUGCGGAAGAAGAAGUCAAGACUGAAAGUCAAAAACAGGAAGAGAUGGAAUACCUGCUCAGUAAAAUGGAUCCGUCACAGUUGUCACCAGGGCGAUCAAAAUCUGGUGAUGAUGGUCUACAGUGUAAAUUUUGUCUGAUCAAAUGUGCUUCGAUAUUUGAACUACAAUCACAUUGUAGUAAGUACCACACAGGACAGAAACCUUACCGGUGUAAUGUGUGUGGUAAGAGGUUUAGUGCUAGCUUUUGUCUGCGCCGUCACAUAAUGCUGCACACAGGGGAGAAACCGCACCGAUGUCCGUACUGUCACAAAGGCUUUAUAGAGAAACAACACCUUCAAAGUCAUAUCAGGAUACACACAGGAGAAAAGCCGUAUAAAUGUCACGUCUGCUCGAAAAGUUUCACACAAUAUGGAACGCUGCACAACCAUCUUCAGACACACAACAAGGAGACUUCCCCAGAGUCUCUGCCUAUGAAAGCCGAACAUAAGGAGCCGACCACGCCAGAGCCAACACCUGCAGUGACUACACCUCAGCAGACUUCAACUGCUUCCCAUCACCCAACACUGUCACAUCAUUUAGCAAAGCAGCAGGAAAUUCCUAAGGAGUUGGAGAAUCAAAUUAACCCAGAGAUUCUUCUUAGUGGAAUGCAAGGCAUUUCAUCGCUUAGCAACCCCCUUCUGCAGUUUUCUCAGGCUCUUCAUCUACAAAUGCAGCUUUACACUCGUGAGUUGGAGAGUCGAAAAUCUUCCCUGUCUCAGAUGGAAGGUGAUUUUGAAGGAACGGAAGGAGAAAGCAACGGCGAAAGAGGGGAGAUAAUUCCUGGAAAGUAUGCAGAGCCGACUCCAACCUCAGCCCCAAGUAAGGAAGAAAUGGCUGCGGCAAAGGAAGCUGCACUGGGAAAGUUCAAUAACAACCCCAGUCAAAACGUGCAAGUGAAGAAAGAACAGGUAGAACAGGCUGCGAAUUUUGUGGAAAACGGUUUUGGCAAUUCUUUAGGGCAGAUAACGGCUCCUAAUGUUGAUCUUUCUGUCUUAUCUAACAAGGAGUUGGAGGCUAUGGCUGCUGCUGUGACAGAUAAGAGACACAAAUGUGACUACUGUCAGAGUCAGUUCAACUCACCCAUAACGCUUGAACGACACACACGCACACACCGAGGCCAGAAGCCGUUUUUAUGUCACUAUUGUCAGAAGAGCUUCACGACAAGCUACUGUUUACGUCGACAUGUAAUGACGCACACUGGAGAACGGCCGCAUGCUUGUCCAACGUGUGGCAAGCGGUUCAUUGAAAAGCAGCAUCUGAUGAUACAUACAAGGAUUCAUACCGGCGAAAAGCCUUAUCAGUGUAAAUACUGCGGAAAAAGAUUCCCACAAGGGGGAUCACUCUAUCGCCAUGUUCAGAUACAUUUAAAAGGAAAAUCGGUUAAAAUUAAAGAUGAACCAAAUGUAUCGGACCAACUGUCUGAGGCAAUUCAGAAUUAUCAACUAGAACAGAAGACGCCAGAAUUGGACGAGUCGAGCUCCAGUACCUAUAGCUCAACUCACAUGCAGUCGGCCCCAUUGGAUGCCUCUGUAUCAACGCAUGCUAUAGCUACACCACAACAUACAAUUGCGUCAAGUUCACACCAGGAAAAGCUUGAUUCAGCUCUUCUUUACGCCCAUGAUAUUCUACGCAAUCGACACCUUGAUGAAAACCAUCAGCCCAAUUUUCAACCUAAUGUCAGUUUAGAAAACAAAGCUGAAUCUAACAUACCAGAAGAUCUUAGUAAUAUACGAUUUAUUGAUUCGAACGAGACAGCUGCAAUGGUGAAGGAAGGCGAGAAGACAGACAACCAACAAAAUGAACAAAGAAACAUUGACCUUACAGCUGCUGCCUAUCAGGCGGCUUUUUCACCGACAUAUUUGAGUCAGAUUCAAAAGUAUGAUGUUGCUCGCUCCGCAGGUUUGCAGUACCAGGAUGCUAAAGGGAAAUCGAGUGCAACAUUAAGUGAAGAUGAUACAAAAUUUGAUGUCAUUUCAGAUAUGGUGAGACGCGAUUAUCUACAACACCAGUAUAACUUCCUGUUUGGAAAUAUAGAUGCCCGCACCGUACUUAUUCCUAAGGAAGGAGGAACAGAAAUUCCUCAAACUGUGGAUACCCAUGAUGAUAAAAUUUCUGCUCCAGAUGACAUCCCAAUGAAUCUUACAGACAGCCGGUAUCCACAAACAGAGGUUGAGAAAGCAGUAGAAACAGCUGCAAUUCCUCAACCUGCCGAUUACAGCAUAGGGUCGCAUCGUCUAAAUGUUGCCACGACAAUGUCUCAGCAACAAGCAGUGGAGUACAAUGCAGCAGUGGAAACGAUCGCUGCAACACAACAACAACAACAACAACAACAACAACAACAACACCACCUUAUCCCAACUACAGCUGAGCUCCACAGCGACUCAAACGAUACCCGAGACACUGUUGUGUCGACUGUUGUAUACCCAUGCAAUGUUUGUGGACAGCAGUGUGAAUCGUUACCAGCGCUGGUGUACCAUUUACGCGAGCAUACCGGUAGCACAGAGUUAAGGUGUGAAAUUUGUGGUGAGACUUUCACAGUGGCAGAACAUUUAAUUAUACACUACCAAUCCCACGCGGUUGAAAGAGCCAUGUUACAAACAGAACCAUUACAAAGUCCAGCCAACUGGAGCAUUACUGAAGGACAGUCAAAUUCCUGUAGAGGGCGCUGUACUGAUGUCCACACUGCUCAACAGGUGGCGCCACUAGAGGAUGUAAGACCAAGCGAGUUAUUUCAUCACAUACCCACAACAGAACAGUUGUCAGACCCUGCAAAUGUUCCGGUUACCGUGGCGCAUCAUCGUACAGUCGAGGGGUACCCCCCCGGAUCGAUCAUUUCACACGGAGUUAGUGACACCCAUGUGGGUGUUAUCAUGCGCCAGGAUUCAUCUCAAGUCCAAGGUCAUCGACACACCCAAGGUCAUGGCCAUGGACAUAGCCAAGGUCAUAACGGGACUAGUAACACGAAAAAUGACCUUGAUCACCAGAUUCAGCCUCACCAGUCGGAGAUGGCAGCGACAAAUCAAGAUUCUGAGAAUCAGAAAUCAUCUGACAGUGAGGACGAUGAUCUGGACGGGACGAUGGCCGACCAUCAUCCGCUAGCUACCUCAACACCAUCUCACUCUCACGUUGCUCAUCCUUCUACCAUCGUCGAGAAUGCACAAUCACAGUCUGUCUCGUAUUCCAUGUCAGACAAACUGGCCGGGGAAGGAAUACCAAAAUUUAUCGAAACUGGCAACAUCCUCAGUUCAUUUUCUGAACUGGCGAGUCAGGUCAUGCAAAGAAAUCUUGGAAGGACACCACUUCCAACGCCGGUUUUCCCAAGCACAAGUGGAUUCCAGAGCACCAGUCAUGUUGAACCAGCUCCAUCACCAGCGACAUCCGUAAAACAAGAGUCUACCGUCCAAGUUACCCCCACUCGGAGCCCUGUCACUGAUGAUACGGAGGAAUCAUCAUUAUCAAUGUCAAAUGCAAAACCAUUCGUGUGUGAAAUUUGUCACAAACAAUUCAUGAACAAACGCAGUUUUUAUCGUCACGUAAGGUUGCAUACAGGCGAACAGUUAUGUAAAUGUGAAAUAUGUGGGAAAGGAUUCACCGGAGUGUUUGGGUUACGUCGUCACAUGGUCGGUCAUAGCGGAGACAAACCGCACAAAUGUGAAUUCUGUGGUAAAGGAUUCAUAGAAAAACAACAUCUUGAAUCUCAUAGACGCAUACAUACAGGCGAGAAACCUUUCAAGUGUGACUUUUGUGGGAAACGGUUUACGCAGUAUGGAACCCUCCACAGGCAUAAACGUACACACACCAAGGAAAAACCAUAUGGUUGUCCACACUGCCCGAAACGAUUUGGAGAAAAUCGGCAACUAACACAUCACUUAAAGGUCCAUAAUCCUGGCGGAGAAGUGAAAGAAGAAGAGGAGAGGGGCAAAGAUGGCGGUGACACAAACUAAACAUUGUCUAAAGAAUAGGGGCCAAGCUUUUCAAAGAUUUGUUUUGGGAAUAAGAACUUAACAUCCAAAUUGAAAUUGAAAUUUUUUUUGAAAUUUAAUUUAAUUGAAAAUUAAAUGGAUGGAAAGCUGGAUUUCCCUGGUAAACAUGAUAUGCUUUGGUAAUAUACCAUAUUUAACCUCAGAUAAGCCCAUCCCCUAGUGUAAAUGUUCAAUAUUUAAGUUUGGGGAUGAAUAGCGAAAUGAAGAAGUUGGCUUAUUUGUGGGCAGGGGCUUAUUUGAGGAUAGAUAUGGUACAAUAAGUAAAAUCAACUUUCUGGGUUAUGAAUUCUUUGGAAACAUGAUGAUUUUGAAAACUUUGGUUAAUUUUUGCUUAUAAAGAGAACAUAACUAUGAAGAGCUAGGCUUCAGGUCUGAAUCAUUUGACCUUUAAACUGUUGUAGUGAUAGAUUUUAUUGGAAGUUAUAAGACAUUUGAAUCAAAGACUCCUCUCGCUGACAUACAAUGUACAAAACUAACCAUAGCUGUCCUUAAGAAAGAAACUGUUGUCUGUACUAGAAUGCUUUCUCUGUUGUAGAAGUUAAUCAACUUUUAAAGUGUAGCUUUAGAACUUUUUAUUUGCUAUAAAAUAUUGCAGGCUUAUGGUAGUCUCAAUUCUUAAGUCAUAUAAAUAUGUAUAUAUCAUGUAUACUUUCAUGGUAGAGGGAACUUGAGGGCUAGGAAAUGUUAAGAUUAUUUUUUUUAAUAUAUAUUUCAUUUAAAGGGUAGGUAUAGACAUCUUGUGAAUUAUUUUAUAAAAUUACAAUCAUACGGAGUUUGAGUAUUAAGAAACAAAAUUCUGAAAUAUAGCAUGAGUAUGAUUUAAAGGUUGAGGACUAAGGAGGUACAUAUAUGUAUGUAUGUACCGAAAAUCCCAUACAACCUUAAUAAUGACAGAUUCCUGGAUUAUGAAGAUGUUCGAGAAAAUUAUAGGGUCUACGUAUUUAUAAUUUCUUCAAAAGAAAAGGUGACUGAACUCUUCAUGUAAUAUAAUACCACGUUCUAUUCAAGAAUUCUUAUUGUAUGGUAUCAAAAUUAAAUUAGUAUAUUUUUAUGUAUGUAUCAUCUAAGGAUAAGGUGAAUAUGAAUAUUUAUUAACCCUAAAAUUAUGAUAUUGACCAACAUGAAGCAGAGGUCAAUAUCAUGGUCUGUAAGGGUUAAUAUUAUAUUGUUUUCCACUGAAGUCACAAUAAUGUGAUAAGUGAAGUAGGUAAUGAAUCCCCUGUUUCUGACGCCUUCAGAGUAUUACACAAAACCAUUCCUCAUGUUGCCAUGGUGAUAAAUAUACAACUUUAGCAAUGUCUUAAAUGUAAUUCAUGUAUUGUUAAUGCAUAUGAUUGCCACAUCCCCAGAAUUCUAGCCAGGCACAGACUGGGUCAGUUAUAGGAUGAAUGGGUGGUAAUUCUUUGGACUAUGAAUACUUAUAAUUAU